GCCUCCAUCUCCUCACCCCCUGCACCUGCCCUUGCAUCUCGCAUCCCACCCACCCUCAUCCAGCGUCCACCAACAUGUCCGGUCUCGGCAAGAAACUGACGUCGAGCGUGUCGGCCUUCAUCGGCAAGAAGCCCACCGCCGAGAACUUCCGAGCCGAUCCAACCAACCACGAGUUCCAGGACCAUGUUCUGGACCACUUCUCUCUCAGUCUUACGGCGCUGCUCAAGAAUCAGUGGAUCGCCGAGAGCACACUGAAUUUGAUCCUGGAUACCUUUGAUUCGCACCGCCUGCCUCUCAACCUCGAUGCCGCAGUCACCCGCUCCGGCCAGUCCCAUAGCCGUGCCCCGAGUGGUUCCUCGGCUCUACCGAAGCGAACCGGCGACAGCGCAAUCGCCGGUGCCGGUGCCAGUGCUGGCGCUGGUGCUCCACCGCCGCUGCCUUCGCGCCAGCCGACCUCGGCCGCCAAGAGCCCGAACCUUGACGACCGGAUCAAUAACGUCUCGAGCGCCAUCGGUCGGACAGCCGGGGCUGCAGCUGGGGCCGCAGUCUCCGAGAGCGUCACCGUUGGACUCAACGAAAGGAUGGGGCACCUGGGAAUCAAGGGCGCUGGCCAGUACACUGCCGGAGUCGGCAAGUUUGUUGGCAGCCAGGUUGGUGCUGCAACGAGCGCAAGUGUGUCCCAGAGCGUGAGCUCGAAUGUCAAUUCGCAGAUCAACAGCCUUGGCCUUCGCAAGACCGCCUCAAGCGCACCGCAAAAGCGCCUGGCCAUCGCCAUCUCCGACUUUGAGACAACAGAGACGGGCGACUUGCCGUUCCGAGUAGGCGACUUUAUCACGAUUGUCGAGGAUGUCGACGACAACUGGUAUCGCGGAGAGCUCCGGGGCAAGACCGGGAUCUUUCCCAAAUCGUUUGUCGAGCUCCGAUCUUGAGCAUCGCCGACCCCUUCAUCAACCAAAUUACCCACAGGGAUUUCUGUGAAGUCCAGGCAUGCGCUGGGAAGAUCGGCUGCUGGGUUUGGCGACUGAGCCAGAAUCUCAUGGCAUGUCUGCCAUCUCGACUCUCUGUGACGACGGUGUGACGCACCACCGCACUGCCUUUUAAUGAAAGGAAGCCGCAGCCGGAUUGACCACAUCCAUAGUGGGGCAGAACAUCCUGAGUCGAUUGCCAAUAGCAGCCACUGUUGGAUAUCCAUGGGUUUGUCUCUGCAUGCGGAGGAGCACUGGUUUGGCUGAGAGAUAAUGAAGUGUUUUGUGAGCAGCUGAGGUUGAGGAAGAUGGUUCUUCAG